AAGACGAAGAAGAAGGUAAAGCAGAAGAACGUUAGGACGGUAGUUCAGUAGCCCGUGAAUGUGUAUUUGUUAGUGUAUAAUCCCAUUCCUCUUUAGGUAGUUAGUACUGUUAGUGUGGAAGUGGGUUAGUGCGGUAAGUGAGUGGGCUGAGGACCGCAGCAGAAACGGGCUCGUUGCUGGUUUAGCUCCAGCCUAAUGAGCUAAACAUUACUUGUUAGCUUGUAGCCCAGUCUGUGAACGUAGGCAGCGUACAAACUCCAGCUGAAGCAUGGCGCUCAAGUCCGGCGAGGAGCGUCUGAAGGAGAUGGAGGCUGAGAUGGCGCUCUUUGAGCAGGAGGUUCUCGGUGGGCCAGUACCAGUAUCAGGAAGUCCACCUGUCAUGGAGGCAGUACCUGUAGCUCUGGCUGUCCCAACAGUUCCAGUGGUGCGACCCAUUAUAGGAACCAACACCUACAGACAGGUCCAGCAGACAUUAGAAGCCAGAGCUGCAACUUUUGUUGGACCUCCACCACAAGCCUUUGUGGGACCAGUUCCUCCAGUACGUCCUCCUCCUCCCAUGAUGAGACCGGCUUUUGUUCCACAUAUUCUGCAAAGACCAGGUGGUCAGAGGUUACAGAUGAUGCGUGGUCCUCCAGUAGCACCUCCUUUGCCACGACCUCCUCCACCUCCACCCAUGAUGCUCCCUCCUUCCCUGCAGGGCCCAAUGCCUCAGGGACCUUCUCAGCCCAUCCAGCCCAUGGCUGCUCCACCUCAGGUUGGUGAUAUGGUUUCGAUGGUGUCAGGCCCACCUACACGACAAGUAGCCCCACUUCCUGUCAAACCAACACCAUCAAUCAUCCAGGCAGCACCAACUGUGUACGUUGCUCCUCCUGCCCAUGUUGGACUAAAAAGAAAUGAAGUUCACGCUCAGAGACAGGCCCGAAUGGAAGAACUGGCAGCGCGGGUGGCCGAGCAGCAGGCUGCAGUGAUGGCUGCAGGUCUGCUCAGCAAGAAGGAGAGCGAGGACAGCAGCACGGUGAUUGGACCUAGCAUGCCGGAGCCUGAACCCCCCCAAACUGAGCAUGUGGAAACUACUACUGAAGACAAAAAAAAGGCAAAAACAGAGAAGGUGAAGAAGUGUAUCCGCACAGCAGCAGGGACGACCUGGGAGGACCAGAGUCUGCUGGAAUGGGAAUCAGAUGACUUCCGUAUUUUCUGCGGUGAUCUUGGUAACGAGGUUAAUGAUGACAUACUGGCCAGAGCCUUCAGCAGAUACCCAUCUUUCCUCAAAGCUAAGGUGGUCAGAGACAAACGGACUGGAAAAACCAAAGGCUACGGUUUUGUGAGCUUCAAAGAUCCAAAUGACUACGUGAGAGCCAUGAGAGAGAUGAACGGGAAGUACGUUGGUAGCCGUCCCAUCAAACUGAGGAAGAGCAUGUGGAAGGACCGCAACAUUGAAGUGGUUCGCAAGAAACAAAAAGAGAAGAAGAAACUGGGCCUCAGAUAGUUUCCAGCAAGUGUGUGUGUUUGUGCGUGGCCUCAAGGCCAGACUGUGUGAGAUCAUGACCCGGUCCUUGGACCGGAUCCGGUCAUAACUUUUUUUUUUUGCCUUCUAAAAUAAAACCAAUAUUUUUAA